AUGUUGAAAUUAUUAACUAUUUUGUUUAUUUGCACACUAUCUGUUAUUGCGAAUGACAUUCGACAAGGAUACACAUCGACUCACUCAAGGAAGAUAUUUGGCGAUAUAAAAGAGGCUAAUUCAGCAUUAUGGCGAAGAACAGAUGAUAUAGUCAUCAAUGCGCCAAAUAACGAAAUAAUAACGGCAGUGUAUGUAACUGAUUUACGAGAAAAUAAAGAUGGAGAAGCGGUCAUAGAAAGUGGAGGUGUUGGUGGUAAAAGUGUGACAAUUGGAAUAAGAAGUCCCUCAAUACUGAGAGGAUAUAAAUUUGAAAUCGAAGUAUUUUCGGAGGACCCCAACUCAAGGCUAUUUAGUAAAGGGGGUAUAGUACCGACAUACACUGAUACACAAUUUGCAAGAAAAUAU